AUGGGGCUCAGCACCGCCGCUCGGCUUGCAGAGCGGGGCUACCGCGUCGUGGUACUGGACGAGAACCAUCCGAUCCGAGGCUCCUGGGGGUCCACGAGAGCAAGCCACCUGCGUAUGGAGGAUCCGGUGCUGCUUCAGAUGAGCCUCUUUUCGAUAAGGAGCUGGCUUGACUUGCAAGAGCGCAUGAGAACAAGGUUCGGACCUGACGAAGCAGAUUGGUUUUUCUACAGGAGGACCGGCGGCCUGAUGGCUGGGCCUGCAAGCAUCGUCGAGGCGAUGGCCGAGAAGAUUCGUCGCGAGGUGCCAACGAAGCAGGGAGAGGUCGAAGUCCUCACUGCCGCAGAAACUCCGGAGCGCUUCCCGCAGCUCCAUCUGGACCCGAAGGA